AUGGGUGCAGCUUGUGCUAAUGCCAAAAUGAAUUAGACAGUUCCUUUGAUAAAAAUUACGAAUGGAGAAGAUCAGACCGAAAAAAAAUAAGAAGGCCAGUAAUAAUAGCAAAGAAGUACAUCUUCUCGAGAACAAAACAUUACUAAAUUAAGCACACUUUCAAAAUAAGUUUCAAACAUUUCCUCAGACGGAGUGCCAGUUAGAAAGUAAACAACUUCGCGGAUGUCCAUUUCAGGCGAGGAUAGAGAGAAGAAACCGAAGGUUCAAGGGAAAAACCAAGGCCAAGAGUAAUUGCUAAAACAAAGAGAAUUUAUACUCGAGAAAUUCCUGAAUGAUAUUCAAUUGUUGGACAAGCAGUUAAUGUCAGACGUCAUUCAGAUGUUGAGAUUCUUCUUGUCUCAUUUGGAAUAAUCCAACAUCUAUUGGACCAAAGUCUGGUUAAUCAACAAAAAUGAUUACAGCAUCGUCGUGGGAUUCACCAACAACAUAGGCGAAUCCAGAAAAAUAAGAAUCUUGUACACCAAGCAAAUCGAAUUAGUGGCUAAUCUACUGGACAACUAUUUGUUUUUCUAACAAUUCGCAAGUUAUAAAAUACACGAUUUCAGUUUCAGAUUGAACAAAAAACACAAUAACUUCUACGUCUUUUCUGAAUAAGAAUAUUGCGAUGUGUCUUUAGAGAAUAUUUAAUUGUAACCCGAAGAUAUCCAACCCUUAUUGGAGUAUCUCCUAAACACUAUAUAAUAUAUGCAUCAAAAUUUCUAUGUUCAUUCAGGAAUUAAGCCAUCCAACGUCUACAUGAUUUAUCAUAAAUAAAAGGUAUUUAAAUUAGACUUGAGUUUUUCCGCUUUCAGAUUCUCGAGAAGACUCAUCAAAAAUAAAAUCAAAGAUUUCAGAGCCAAUCUAGUCAAUGACUUAGAAGAUAUUGCUAUCCUUAUUAUCAAUUCCUUCUACAAAGGCUCGGAAAUUAGAUAACAAUUAAAACAAAAGAACAUUGAUUUUGCCAACAUCAUUGAGUCCCUCUAUCAGAAAUAAAAGAAUGUCAUCGAAUCCUACAUCAAAGAUAUUAUCCUAUUACUCUACAGGAAUAGAUAAUAUCUCUAUGAUCUCAAAGCAACCGAUUACGUUCAAUUACUGAAAUGCCAUUCCACCCCUGAAUUGAAAGAUCUCAUCCAAGAUACCCCUAGCACCAGUAAUAAUAAUAAUAAUAAUUCUAACACUCAUACCAAGAACGUACUAUUUGAAUACUCCAAUAAUAAAGUGGUCUUUUAUCAUUUGACAUCCACUAGAAACCAAAAGUCAUAUACUUAAUAUGAAUUGGUUGAUCAAAAUGGAUAAUAGAUCAAUAUUAUUAAAGGAAGUGCUUACAUAUAGGAUAAUAAAUUUUAUUUCGCAUAUGAAAACAUGAUUGGCAUGAUAUCCAUUAAGCUCAGUUCGGAAUAGCUUGAAGAUACCUUAGAGAUGUUGCAGAUAUCACUCAGAUAAUACUUGGCAACAAAAGAAUAGUAAAAGAAAGAGAGAAUCGAUUCUGCUUAAAAGAAUUACCAACUGCAAUUAUAAAUCAAUCAACAUAGUCCUACAACUUAGAUUGAAGACUAAUUCAAAUUCAGAGAUACUGCUCAGACUUAAAAAUAACCUAAUAAGAAUUUCCAUGAUAGAAUUUACUUUACUCCCUAAAAUUUAUAAGAAAUAUUCAGUAUUAUUGAUGUUGAAUAACGAAAUUACAUCACAGCCUAAUAAUUCUAUGAUUUCCUACAAUAAUAAACUGAUUCCAUCGACAACUCACUGCUUUAACAACUAUUGUUUGAUAAGAUAUAAGAAAUCGUACUCUUCUUCUCUGAUAAGAAUUUGACUUUUCAUGAAUUCCUCUAAAUAUUUUCGUUUAGAUCAAAAUAACAAUUGCCCAUCUACAAGAAGAUCGUUAAACCUUUGAAAUAGGCUUAAAAUGUAAAAUCGUUUACGAUUAUUAACAAUACUGUUCAUUAUUAUGAUGGUCAACAUUUAUAUAAUGAUGACAACCAAAUCGAAAUAGAAUACGACCUUAAAUAUCUUACCUGUAAUCAAAACCAAUUAUUAAUUAUCGGCAUCCAAGAUGGUUGUCUAUUAAUAAAUACCUAAUACAAUUCUAUACAGACAGAUGUGAAAAUCAUGUCUGAGUUUGGAUUUUACAAAUUCAAUGAUCUUUACUUCAUUACACAACAAAAUGAACUUAUCUUGUAUUCCCUAAAACAAAAAAGAAGUGUAAAACUCAAUAUCAAUGGGAUCUCAUCAUCUUGCAAUUUAAUUUAUCAUAAAUAUUUUAUCCUCUAUUUAAAUGAUUAGAAUGUUUACAGAAUAUUUUUAUCCUAUGAUAAAUGGUGUAUAACAUCUUUCAAUGUAUUCGAAGUCUUAUUUGAACAUGGAAGGUUAGAUUAAAAAAUCAAAUUGAAGUAAAUAAGCACCAAACAAAAUUCCAGUGAUGAAUUGAUUGGAGUGUAUUCCAUCAAUAAGGUUCAUUAUCCUAUUACAAAUCAAACUCCAUCAUUGUUCAGAAUCCUAUCGGUUUCAAAAGAACAAUAAAACUAUAUCCUUAUCUAAAGAAUUGUACAUGUCGAAUUUGAAUCAUUUGAUGAAUGCUAUUAGGUAUGUAAAUAUUUGGAUCCCUAUUUAUUGGAUUUCUUUUUGAGCAUGGAAUAAUACGAUGGAAAAUUGAGAUUAAAUUAUAUUAUAGAAAAUUGUGAGCUCAUUUAAAAAGAAGACUGUAAUUUUAAUUUAAUCAAGAGAUGUGUUAAGAAAUUAAAUGAAUUAAGAUCCCAUGAUAUCUUUGUUUAGGAUAUGCACCCUAAUAAUGUAUUUAUUACUCCAAAUUCAGUUAUUUUUGCUUCUCUUAUAUACAAGACCAAUAUUCCUAGUAUUUAUUAAGAAAAGUCUGUACCCUUUAUGUCCUCAUUAGAAUAUAUGGAACCUAAGUCAUUUUUGGCAUUUACCUAAAAUUUGACAUAAAAUUAGAUCUUUAUUAAUCCCAGUAAGGCUAAUAUUUACAGUUUAGGAUUAAUAUUUUUAAGGCUACUAUCAAAUUAUCAAAUUAAAAAUACUAAAGAAUAAUAAUUUUAUUUGAUGGAAAUAAAUUUGGCUCUUUAAUAAUUUUAAUUCCCUAAUUUAAAACCAUUACUUGAAGAAAUGCUAAAAGAGAAUGAAGAAUAAAGAUAUGAUUCUUAUUAAUUAAUAUAAUUUAUUAGAAAAUAUUAAAAAUUAAAUUAAAAAGAAUUGUUCUUUAUUUCACAACCAUUAUAAUUAUUAGAAUAAUAACAAUAAGCUUUAUAUGGGUAUUAAAACAACACAAUUUAUUAGUAUCAGCAAGUAUUUAAAAUUUACAUGAACAUUUUAUCCACUAAUUUGUAAGUCUUAUGCGUUUAAUCGAAUGAUGAAGGAUAAUUAAUUCUAUUAGUUAAAUCAUUAAAUUAAAAAACAUACAAAUAUUUGUUGCUAUACAUAACCUUAUCCUUGAAUCAAUACGAAUAGUAGCAACAACAUUCAACCUUAAUCUUUGAAGAAUUAGUCAACUUCCAAAAAUUUGCAGAAGAAGAUUAAGAUGAAUAUGACAACAACCAAUUAUAAAUUAUACAACAGAAUUGUUAACAUAUCUAAUCACCUCAUGUGGUUACAAAAGAAGUGUAAGUUCCAAUAUUUGAUUUACAAAAUGUUAAUGAAUGUACAUAUUUGAUAAAUGGAGAAGAACUUUACUUUUUUGGAUUUGGAAUUACCAAUGAAAUAAGGCGAGUUGGAUCCAGAGAUUGCUUUGUAUAUAUGCCUAAAAGAAACUUAUUCAAAAAAGUUGGGUAUAGAACGACUUAUUAUGAAGCUUAAGCCUUAGAUUUUGGAGAAUAUUGGUUGCUACUAGAGAAAAAUUCUAAUCAUAAUAAAAUUAGAAUUCAGUCAAUCACAAAGGCUUAAUUUUAAUGCACUGAAAGAUUAAUCAAAUUAAAAAAUAGUGAAAAAGUAUUUUAUUUUAAAUACUUACAAAAUGUUAUCGCCAUCUCAAAUAACUUGUGUUGGUAUAUCAAUAUCGAAUCAUUUAAAGCAUUUGAAAUAUCAUGUGAUAAUAUACCCUAAUCAAUAAUCUCAAUGCAAAACACCUAAAAUAAUACAAUCUUAACAUAGGAUGGAGUAUCAACAUUGUAAUUUGAUGGUAAUGUGUUAAAAAUAUAUUGA